CUCAAACACAAAAAUAAAAAAGGAAACCCUCCCUUGAGGCUUGCAGUGGCCCCUUCUUUAACUUCUCUUCUUUUUUCCUUCUCCAAUCUCUGUGAAAUGGCAAGAUCAAGGAUCAUAUCAGAGACAACUCUGGUUCUUGGGAGAGUGAUUGGAGAUGUGGUGGAUCCCUUCAUUCCCUCCAUUAAAAUGUCUGUAACUUUCGGCAACAAGCAAGUCCUCAAUGGCCAUGAAUUCUUCCCUUCUUCACUCACCUCCAAACCUAGGGUUCACAUUCAAGGAGAAGACAUGAGAUCUUUAUUCACUCUGAUCAUGGUUGACCCAGAUGUUCCUGGCCCUAGUGAUCCAUACUUGAGAGAGCACCUCCACUGGUUGGUCACUGACAUUCCAGGAACUACUGAUGCUACUUUUGGAAAAGAGGAGAUGAGCUAUGAAAUUCCAAAGCCUAUAAUAGGGAUCCACAGGUUUGUGUUUAUUCUGUUCAAGCAGAAACGGCGUCGUUCAGUGAACCCUCCUUCGUCUAGAGAUCGGUUCAGCACUCGAAGUUUUAUGGCUGAAAACGAUUUGGGACUUCCUGUGGCUGCUGUCUAUUUCAAUGCACAAAGAGAAACUGCAGCAAGAAGGCGAUAAUAAUGAAAUUUAAAUAAUAAAAAUAAAAAUAUUCAUGAUCUCAUGUGUCAUUUCGAAUUAAUUACUCAUCUCUGAUUUAUAUUUUUAAGA